UGAGCCGAUCAAGUCUUCCAGUGGAGCAUAUGACAAGGAGCCUCCUGGUCUUAUUAUCGUUAUUGGCGCCAGUAGGUGUGCAAUCCCUGUGUAUAUCCACAGGCAUUGCUGCUGAGCAGCGCCGGUCUCUCCGAAAUGCAUCUGGAGCUGAGAUCCCUGUGGGAAUUCUCUCCGGAACUUGGCCGUCUGCCCCACUCCUAUCGGAGCUGGUAUCCAUUCUCAUCAACGAAGUGAUUGGAUAUCAGGCCCAGAUCGAUGAGAGGGCUGCAGAAUAUGGUGGCUCACCCAUCUAUGGCCUAGCAGGAUGUAUCAACUUCAAUGCCCCUACAGACAAGAGGUGUGGGGAGGAGGAGACGCGUAUGCACGUCUCGACAGACUCAUGGGUUGGAGGUUAUCGUCCAGAUUUCAAACAGAUGCACAAGGAUUUCCCAGACAUCGCGCCUGAAGAUCUGGGUUCUGUUGGUUAUGAGGGGGAAGAGACGAUGUACGUUUCAGAGGCCGUCUUCGAUGCUGCUUACUCUCAGAAAGGCCUGAUCUUGGCCCAUCAUAAGGGCUACAACCGAUCACACGGCAACGCCCAGAUGUUCUUCGAUUCGGUGACGGAGAUCCAAGUCUCAGAUUUGAAGCUCUGUGUGGAUUCAGAGCUCAACAACCCUUCCAGAAUGGAACCAUAUGCGCGAUUUUCGGGUGACUCUGAGGGUGUCGUGAGUGGCGCCGCGGGCGUCGUGGCCAAGUGUUCUGAUGGAUAUUGGUGGCCCUCCCCUGCCUGCCGCGAUGACGUGGCAGGCUGUAUCCCCUUGAUCACGGGCGGCAAUGGCUGGCGGAUUCAGGCCUUGAUGCAGUGGGCCACUGCAUACGAUAUGCCCCUAGCCGUAGGGGUCGCCAAAGCUUGGGGUGAUUAUGUCAACCUCAUUUCAUCCAAGAGAGUGCUAUUCUAUUGGUGGGUCCCAGACUCCACCUUCAUCCAGAUGCAACCGCACCAGGUACAUUUCCCUCGGCAUAAUCCAAAAGAGUGGGCCCUUGGAGAUAAGAAGACCUCUUUGGCGACCAGCGACAUCUCCAACAUGGUCAGUGCUGAUUUGGCAGCCAAGGCCCCUAAAGUGCGCUCCUUCAUGUCCAGUGUCAGGUUCAGUCUUCUGGAAGUCCAAGACAUGUUGCUGCAGAUCAGUAUGGGCAGCAGCAAUUAUGAUGUGGCGUGCAAGUGGAUCCAGGACAAUGAAGCUAUUUGGUCACAGUGGGUUCCCGUGGAUACCAACUGCCAGGAAGGCUUCGGCAUGGUGGAUGCUUCAGGCCACUUCGUUGAGAACCGCAGCGAUGCCGUGGCAUGUAACAUUUGCAGCGCUGGAACCUACUCGAAAGAGAUCAAGGACGAUGGCCUCGGUAAGACAUUUCAAUGUUCGCUCUGUCUGCCUGGAUAUAGUCAAGAGAACACCUAUUCGACCAAAUGCGAACCAUGUGCGAGGGGCAUGGUGAGUAACAAGUUUGGCAGCACAUCGUGUGUUCCCUGUGGCGUGGGGGAGUAUCAGCCUCUACAGGCGCAGCAAAGCUGUCUGGCCUGCAAUCAGAGCCGCACCACUCAGCUCAGGGGGGCCACCAGCCCUCAGGAUUGCGUGUGCAAGAUGGAUUUCAUUGAGGACAUGGAUCUUCAGUGCAUCGCGUGUCGUGAAGGUGUUCUGUGCCCGCUGGGCAGCACGAUGUCGAAGCUCUUGAACUCCAGCGGAUCGACAGAAGAGCCGCGGAUCCAGCUGGGCUACUCCAGCGAACCAACGGCACCGUUGGACACGUAUCGCUGCCCGGACUGGGCGUGCCCCGGCGGCAUGCCCGGCGCCUGCGGCAGUGGCCUGAAAGGAGCCACCUGCGGCGCUUGCCCGGAGAAGCAGUUCUUUGCAGAGGAUUCGGGUGCCUGCACACCUUGUGCCUCUGAAUGGAUUGUUGUGUUGCUCAUCGGCGUCGCGCUCCUGGUGAGUGCUUUGGCGGGCUCCUACUACAUGCUGCCCUCCAAAUAUAGUGCAACAGCUUCUGCUAGCUUCAUGCUCUCUGCGAUGGGUGGUUUGACCGUUGCGACUUUUCAGAUCUUUGGGCUUGUAGGCGCUUCUUUGAAGGACAUGACGUACAGCAGCGCAUUUCUUGACUUCGGGGCCUUCUUUGUGCUGGACGGAAAGGCCUGGGGAGUUAGCUGUCUUGGCACCACCACUGCCACCUUUGCCAUGA